AUGGCCAAACCACACACCAAGCCAUUCCACUCCCUGCUAUCCCUCUUCACCCCCUCCUCCCCCACCUCCCCUCCCUUCUCCCUUCCCAUUUCCUCCCUCUCUCCCCCGUCCCCCCCACUCCACACCACCAGCCCCUCUCAACACACCCCAGUCCCCUUCAUCCACUCCCACCCCCCCGUCCCCUCCCCUUUUCAGGACUGGUUCCGCUCCUUCCACCCCCAGGCCUUCCUCUUCCUGCGGUUCGAGGACUACAUGGCCAACCCCCGCCCGCACAUCGCCCAAACCCUCGACUUCCUCGGCUUCCCCGCUGCUGACGUGGCGGAGGAGCAGUGGGCGGGGAUCGUCAAACUGGAGCGCGUGGAGCAGCGGCUGGAAGGCAUGGCGAGGGAGGAGCUGGAUGGGGUCACACAGGAGUACCUGGAGGCGUUCUUCGCGCCUUUCAAUGCAGAUCUGGUGUGGUUGCUGCGUGAUGAGAAGUAUUCGUGGAAGAGAGGGCAGAGGUGA